AUGGCUUUGAAACGCAUUAACAAGGAAUUAGCUGAUCUCGGAAGAGAUCCCCCCUCAUCCUGCUCUGCUGGUCCUAUUGGCGAUGAGAUGUUUCACUGGCAAGCGACCAUCAUGGGUCCUAGUGAUUCACCAUAUGCUGGAGGAGUUUUCUUCCUAGCAAUCCACUUCCCCACCGACUAUCCCUUCAAACCACCAAAGGUCAACUUCACAACCAGGAUUUACCACCCUAACAUCAAUAGCAAUGGAAGCAUUUGCUUGGAUAUUUUGAGGGAUCAGUGGUCCCCAGCUCUCACUAUCUCCAAGGUCCUGUUAUCCAUCUGCUCUAUGUUGACUGACCCCAAUCCUGAUGAUCCUCUUGUUCCCGAGAUUGCACACACCUACAAGACUGACCGUGCGCGCUAUGAGACGAACGCGCGAGAAUGGACCAGAAAAUACGCCAGUAAGUGCUGAAUGGAUCCUUGUAGGAUAUUAUGCGCUGCGCCAAUGAGCUUUUUUUUCUUAUCAUAGAUGCUAAUUUUUUUUUUUUAUUUUCAAUGUUUUGACAUUUUUCAUCAAUGCUUAGUGUAAGGCAUGUUUGAUAGUUUAAACAAUCUGCAGAUUUAAUAAAAAGAAGUG